GUGGCCCAGCUGCAGUCUGACUCUCGCAGAACGCUGUCGGGACAAGGGCUUUGCGGCCGGAGAUCAAGAAAUCUGGCUUCCAGACCCUGCCAGCCAGCCGCUGAGAAACCUGGGCGCGUUCGCCCCGUGCUGUCUUGGCCUCAGGGUCCUGGCUGAAACAGAGUUGGUGCGAAUCUGCCUAUACUGGCAGCAGCUGGCCGAGUGCUUUCGGACUGGGAAACUCCACAAAGGUGAAGAAUUAACGUUAACGAGCUCUUCGUCCGGGUCCUCUGGCCGCGUUUCGCAGAAAACCAGCGGGAUGGCUGCAAACAAGAGCAAGAGCCAGAGCUCCCUGGCCCUCCACAAGGUCAUCAUGGUCGGCAGCGGAGGGGUGGGCAAGUCGGCCCUGACCUUGCAGUUCAUGUACGAUGAGUUCGUGGAGGACUAUGAACCUACCAAGGCUGACAGUUACAGGAAGAAAGUGGUCCUGGACGGGGAGGAAGUCCAGAUAGACAUCCUGGACACGGCCGGACAGGAGGACUACGCGGCCAUUCGCGACAACUACUUCCGGAGCGGGGAGGGCUUCCUCCUUGUGUUCUCCAUCACGGAGCACGAGUCAUUCACAGCGACUGCCGAGUUCAGGGAACAGAUCCUCCGCGUUAAGGCGGAAGAAGAUAAAGUCCCGCUGCUGGUUGCGGGGAACAAGUCCGACCUGCAGGAGCGGAGGCAGGUGCCGCUGGAGGAGGCCAGGGCCAAGGCCGAGGAGUGGGGCGUGCAGUACGUGGAGACCUCGGCCAAGACGCGGGCCAACGUGGACAAGGUGUUCUUUGACCUCAUGAGAGAGAUCAGAGCAAAGAAGAUGUCAGAAAACAAAGACAAGAAUGGCAAGAAAAGCAGCAAGAACAAGAAAAGUUUUAAAGAAAGAUGUUGCUUACUGUGAAGGUCGAGGUGCUGGACCAAGUCGGUCGCCACUAAGGAGAGAGGGCAGGUUCCUCAAGCCAAGACUCCAGUCGACCUCUCGGCCUGUUCCCUGCUCUCCCCAACCUCAUUCACACACGCUUCUAUAAAUGGGGAAAAUAUUUGUGAACCGGUGGCUGGCAGAAGAAAUAAGCCCUUGACUGUGCAAUGGGACGGCUCCUCUGUCGGGAGGUUUCAGAGUUUCCUCCUUCUUCUCCUUCCUAAAAUAAGCCACGUGUGUAGUGCUGCAGGCAGGCAUUAGCCAAGUGUUAAUUAAGAAGGACUGUCCUAGCUUCUUAUUUUUUCCCCAGUUUUGUAACAUUAGCGUCUUUCGUUUUGAAAUAAAAGUGUCUUGUUUUAUUAGAUCUUGGGAAGCGAGGGUGGGGUGAGGCUCCCCCCACCCUUGUCAGCUCAACAGUAGUUCUCAGAAACAUCCACUAGGUUCUAAUGACGCUGGAAAAUUGGGAGAUUGUUUUGGGUCUCUUGGCCAUACCCUGUGGCUCUGAAGCAGAGCUAAAAAAACAAAGUUGAAUGGGGCCAAACAGAUCAACACCAAGCUCAGAAAUCCUUCUCAAUAUGAAAUAUGAAGGUUGUGCUCUUCAUAGUUAAAUAGCAGCCAGUUACAGUCUGUGUUGGCUGCUUUUCUCCUGUGGCAUCCUGAUUUCUGUGUAGGAGCUUCGUUUUUAAUAAGCGACAUGAAGACUCAAGAGCAAUAUACUGUAUAAAUGAUAUACUUUUCUAAUCAGAAUUUUUAAAAGAAGUCCUUUGGCUAAAUCCUCUCCUAAUUGCCACUCAUAGGGUCAGGCCCCUCCUUCUCCACCUGUAACCCACGCUCUGUCCUGACCCGCUCCUCCCUGCAGAGGUUGAGAGGACCUUUUCUUUUGUUUCUUUCAGUGUAGCCCAAGUUCUUCUGAAGAACGUGAUGACUUAAGAUUGUGUUCUAAAAUCAUGAAGCCAGAGCCUGUGCCAGACACCUGCUACCUCUCAUAGAAUUGCUCAGUAAAUUCAGAAGAAGUGGAGAAGCCACUGCCCCUUUACCGCUGAGAAUUGGCUGCUGUUUCUAAUAUAAAUUUGUUUCUGAGACAGCCAUCUAGUUAGUUAGAAAAAGAUUUUUAUGGAUGAGAUAUUGUCUUUCUUGUAUCAAUAUUCUGAAUUCAGCAGUCAGAAAUUUUUUCAUGAUGAAAGGACAGUGAUAAAAACCUAGUACUCAGCAUAUUUUUUCCCCAUUUUUCAGAAGUGAUAUUUCAUGUAUAGGUGCCAAAAGUGAAUUGGGGUGGGGAGAACGGGAACCCUUGGAAUUUAUGGUUAUUACAGCAAUUGUAGAAAUUAUGAUCUGACUGGAAAACAAACAAUCUUGUAUCACCUCCCAAAGAAUCAUGGGCUUUUUUUCAAUUAAAAAACAGAAAUUUACAGUU